AAACACAUUAAAAUGCCACAACACAUUUUGCUGUCACAACACGUUUAAACAGAGUCCGUUCAUUUCUCCAAACAGGAUGUUUAGGCGUGGAAGCACCGCUCCUUUCUAAGAGCACGCUGUUUCUCUCUAGCAGCACCAUUUGUGGCGUCAAACCGAUCGAUAUUUGUUUGGCAGUACACCCGCUAUCCACUAGGUGCCUGCGCUUGCUAAGUUCAACGCGCAUUUCUGCUUAUCGAGAUCCUUAGUAGCUCAGAGCCCUAGCGAACGGUUUCUUGAAAUGCUCGUUUCUACUUAGCGAGAUCCUGAGUAGCUCAGAGCCCUAGCGAACGGUUUGUCGAAAUGCUCGUUUCUACUUAGCGAGAUCCUGAGUGGCUCAGAGCCCUAGCGGACGGUUUCUCGAAAUGCUCGUUUCUACUUAGCGAGAUCCUUAGUGGCUCAGAGCCCUAGCGGACGGUUUCUCGAAAUGCUCGUUUCUACUUAACGAGAUCCUGAGUGGCUCAGAGCCCUAGCGGACGGUUUCUCGAAAUGCUCGUUUCUACUUAGCGAGAUCCUUAGUGGCUCAGAGCCCUAGCGGACGGUUUCUCGAAAUGCUCGUUUCUACUUAGCGAGAUCCUUAGUGGCUCAGAGCCCUAGCGGACGGUUUCUCGAAUGCUCGUUUCUACUUAGCGAGAUCCUGAGUGGCUCAGAGCCCUAGCGAACGGUUUCUCGAAAUGCUCGUUUCUACUUAGCGAGAUCCUGAGUGGCUCAGAGCCCUAGCGGACGGUUUCUCGAAAUGCUCAUUUCUACCUAGCGAGAUCCUUAGUAGCUCAGAGCCCUAGCGGACGGUUUCUCGAAAUGCUCGUUUUCGAGAAAAAGAUGGUUCUUGGCCCUUGAAGCGGUCUUUAAUACCUGCGUUCUGGAGCGCUAGUUCGCUGCAAGGUUUGCUUAGUGUCCGUUUCAUUUCGGUUUCUUUUCUUGCUAUGUUUUUCUGUCAGAAUUACGGUUCGUUUUGGUUCUAUGUACUCUCUAAAAUGUUACCGUUUUUCAAUUGUCUACUAAUUUUCGCUCAUUUGUUACUAUUGAGUUUCUUAAUAUCUGGCUGGCCUCCGCCCAUGGGCUCCGGAGAGCAUAAAUACCCAGGCUGAUGGAGUGCAGAAGGCUCUCGCUACUUGAUCAGCGGAAACCUCUGUUUCCUCUUGGUCUGAGGCUUAAGAGAUGGAACAACAUUUUCUUGGCCGUGUGAAGCGUGCCUGGGAUUCCGCGGAGGUGGCGCCAGAGCCCCAGCCUCCGCCUAUUGUGAGUUCAGAAGAUUGUGGGCCGUGGCCUCUUCCUUUGUAUCCAGUACUGGGAGAGUACUCACUGGACGGCAGUGAUUUGGGACUGCUUUCCAGUCCUUGCUGGCGGCUACACUGGAUCUACCCGCGAAACGGACUUUUUUCCGGAGUCCAGAGUGUCUUGGAACCAAGAAGAGCCCAGCCCGGUGAGUUCGGUUGGCCCGGCACACAGAGGCAGCGAGAGGCACUUGUAGAAGAGGUGGACCAGGCAGAGGAACCCGAUAGACUCACACUCCAGUCGCUUCCCUUGAGCAGUCCUCCCCAGCCCUGGGACAGAUUGGAGGACACCGAGGCCUGUGACAGCGGGCGCCUUUUGGAAUGCCACCGUCCUUCAGCCUUCCAUUGGUGGCGCCACCUCCCGGGUUUCUCAGACUGCCUGGAGUGGAUUUGUCGCGUUGGUUGUGCCGCGUUCUCUGUAUCCUGGGCGUGUUGCCCACGGAUCUGUGGAGCUAAGCAGCCUUAGAUAGCAGCAGAAGACUUUUUGGAUUCUCCUCCUUAAAAAAGAUUCUCAAUUACCAAACGUCUCCACACAGAAAAUAAAAAUACAUUAAGAUGUGC